AUUUUGAAAAAACGAAGUCGAGGCAUAGGUGACGGAAAAAUGGAGCAAAGCGUUGAAGAUUACAAGCUGAUAUUUGAGAAGGAGGGAGUGUACCUCCACACAAAUGCUAAGAGGAGUAACCAGGACACCACUAUCCCAGGUUUCAUCCGCAUUGUGGAGCGGGCUGGUGUGCCGGCUUUAGAGUGGAGCCCGCUGGAGGAUGAAGGCCGCAGCGCCCCGGCUGUACUUUACACCAAGAAGGAUGGAGAAGGAGGGGAGGAGGAUACAAACUUUGACCCCGGUUAUGAGCCAGACUGGGCCGUUAUCAGCACAGUGAAGAAAGAUCGAGAACACGUCCCAGUCAAAGACUCAGGUCAGUGGUCGUUCUCUCUGCCACUGUCGGAGCUGUACUCCCUCCGGAGGGCUCGGUUCUCCCUGGGCCGAAACUUCCUGGUGCUGACCAGUCGAGGCGGCCAUCCGCUGCCCCCACUGCACUUCCACAGAGGAGGGACCAGGGAGCUUUUCAGGGCCCUGCACCGUUACAUCAUACUGGACCAGUCCCCGGUUGAUGGGCGGCUCUUCCUCGCCUACCCUCAUGACCAAGGCGCGCUCUCUCAGUCCUUUGAUAAGCUGCAGCUCCUCGAUGAUGGAGGCUCCGAUCUUGUUACGAGAUUCAUCCAAGACCCAUAUGCCACGACAUUCGGUGGAUUCUCCAAAGUCACCAACUUCUUCAAGGCGGCACUCAGGCCUCCGGGGUCCCCCAGUCACUUCACACGUACCCCUCAGGAUCCCAGCUGUCCACCACAGUCUGACGACGAGCCCGGCUUCGAACUCAUCACCUGUGGGGUACAGCUUGGGCCCAGACCAGACGUAACCCGGGGACCACCUCUGGACAAAUGGGACGAGUUUCUGGACCCAGAGGGGCGAGUGAAGAACCCAGAGAGGAUCAAACAGCUUGUGUUCAGAGGGGGAGUCACACCGACCCUGAGGAAGGAGGUGUGGAAGUUCUUGCUGGGCUUUUAUCCGUGGAACAGCACUGUGAAGGAGAGAGAGGACAUUCUGCGGCUCAAAACGGACGAGUACUUCAGGAUGAAGGUGCAGUGGAAGUCCGUCAGUGAGGAUCAGGAGAUGAGGAACUCCCUCCUCAGAGGAUACAGAAACCUGAUAGAGAGAGAUGUCAGCAGGACAGACAGGCACAAUACGUUCUUCUCCGGGAACGACAACCCAGGACUGACUCUGCUGCACGACGUGCUCAUGACCUACUGCAUGUACAACUUUGAUCUCGGUUACGUGCAGGGGAUGAGUGACCUCCUCUCUCCACUCCUGUUCAUCACCCAGAACGAGGUGGAGUCCUUCUGGUGUCUGACGGGCUUCAUGGAGUUGGUGCACCAGAACUUCGAGGAGUCCCAGGAGGCCAUGAAGCAGCAGCUCCUGCAGCUCAGCAUCCUGCUGAAGGCUCUAGACCCGGAGCUGUGCGACUUCUUGGACUCUCAGGACAGCGGCUCUCUGUGCUUCUGUUUCCGCUGGCUGCUCAUCUGGUUCAAGAGAGAGUUUUCCUUCGAGGACAUCCUCAUCAUGUGGGAGGUCCUCUGGACUCGUCUGCCAUGUGACAACUUCCACCUGCUGAUCGCCUGCUCCAUCCUGGAGUCCCAGAGAGGAGAGCUGAUCGGCUCCGACCACGACUUCAACACUAUUCUGAAGCACAUCAACGAGUUGACGAUGAAGCUGGACCUGCAGAGCGUUCUUAAAGGAGCAGAGGCCAUUUACCUUCAGCUGACACAGUGCAAGGAGCUGCCCCUGAAGGUGCAGCAGGUCCUGGGUCUCUACAGCCCAUCCAGCUCGGAGGAGGACAGCCCGAACUCUCAGAGCAGCGAGACGCAGCGUCUCCUCUAUGAAUCCCAGGGUGCAGCUGCGUCAUGUGACUCAGCCCGCGGCGCCGUCUGUCCUUGAACCUGCAAGUCAGCCGGAGGAGCGUAACGUAUGGACGAUCUUUAUAUAUGAAAACGAUCUUACCUGUAUAUGAUCUAAUGAGAGGGAAUGAAGACUGUUGUUCCGUCUGUCGGAGGCAGGGGGCGGUGUUGUUUCUUUUAAAGUCCCCAUGAAUGUUACAACUGAAGAUGUUUGAACACUAUAGCCGUACUCUGUCCUCUGUCUUCUUGUUUACAUGUCCUGUGUGUCUCUGUCCUCCUUUAUGACGCUGCUCUUUGACCUUUUCACACCUUAUUUAAUAAUCAUCCUGCUCGUGAUGCAGUCGUGCUUUCAGUGCGUUUCGUUGUGCGUCCCCUCGCCGCUGCUCCUCUAAAGGGAAGAAGAUGAAGGAUAGAUUCACUGGCAGCACCUUGUUAGUACUGUAUGAUGCCAUUCCAGCCCUAUGCAAACUUUAUUGCAUGCCUUAUAGUUUCCACAUGUGACGUGGUGAUAUCUGAAGCCUUGUAAUUAUCUACAUCAUGUCAUAACAUUUUCAUCCGCUGAUUAUUUCCAAAUAAAUGGUUGAAUCUUUA